UUUGUUUCUUGUUUCUUGUUUUUUUGUUUUUUUGUUUAUUUUUCUAGACCAUCGCCAUUUCAGUGAAAGUUUUGUUGCUUGCACUCCCUUUCAUUCUAUCUAUCUUUCAGUCCGUCUGUCUGUCGAGGAUUGAACAAGGAACGGCAGUUCUGCAGAUGUGGAGCUGAAGGAAUUCGACACUUGCGUACAUGCUGUUCGAUGAUGGAUCGCAUCUCUCCCUCUUUGCUGUUUCACAAUGCUGCUCUAUUCCAUACUUCGAUCGUGAAACAACAACAUCAGUGAAAAUAUUUGAGUUGGGUUGGGUGGAUGCGCGCUUGUCGGAGUGGUUUUUGGAAAUUUCCAUUACGUCUUCAUCGCCGAGUUGAGUUGUGUGUUGCUUUGCUUUGCACCGGGGGAGCAGAGACGGGGCGCUUGCGAUGUCCAGGAUGGGAUCGAGAAGUGUCUACAGGGCUGUUUCGUGCUUUGCGAGGCAGAUUGGGAAGCAGAAAGGGACGGCCGAUGAUGGGUUUGCUGUCUCAAGGCGGACGAUGAUGAUGCCCAGGUGGUUUGUUGCACCUAGGAAUUCUGCAAAUUCUAUGGUUUCCAAUGGGGUCGAAUCGCAACAACCGACGAUGGUCGCUUCUGGGGUGUACCAGACGCAUAGUUCUGUCACUCGGAUUCUUCCCCUACAGGUGGGUGGGACUCCGAAUGUUGUGAAAAUUCGAGAGGAGUACCCAAGCCAAUCAGCUUCUGCUGAGCUUACGAAGGAAAGAGGACUUGAAGGAGAAUCUGAGUCGUGGAGCAGGCUAUCCGAUCAGGGUCGCCUUGCGACACGAGUGGAUGCUCCAGAGAAUGAACCUGGUUCGUCUCCGUCAUCCAACUCGGUCACGGGUGAGAGGCAGGCGCACUCGACCCACGAAGCGCGCAAGAACUCAGUUGACACCAGAGAGACCGCCAAGUUUGCUGCCAUCGCAUCCACUUGGUGGGAUCCGAAGGGGCCUUACAAGCCCUUGCACAUCAUGAAUCCUACCCGAGUGUCUUACGUCCGUUCGCAGAUUUGUAAACAUUUCGGGAAGGAUGCUAAUACUCCGCGACCAUUAGAAGGGCUGAAGAUUCUUGAUGUGGGUUGUGGAGGGGGGCUUGUUUGUGAGCCUCUGGCAAGGAUGGGUGGGGAAGUCACGGGUGUAGAUGCCGUAGAUAAAAAUAUUGGAGUUGCUUCUGUACAUGCGGCUCGAGACCCUGCUACAGCUUCCAUCAAGUAUGUGUGUACAACAGCUGAGCAUCUGGUGCAGGAACAGCAGAAGUUUGACGUGGUUCUUGCCCUCGAGGUGAUCGAACAUGUAGCAGAUCCAGAAGAUUUUUGUAAAUCACUUGCAGCUCUGGCGAAAAAGGAUGGCUUGGUCUUCAUUUCUACUCUUAACAGAUCAAUUCCCUCGUUUGGUCUUGCCAUUAUAGGUGCUGAGUACAUUCUUGGCUGGCUACCGAAAGGGACUCAUGAAUGGUCCAAGUUCGUAACUCCAGAAGAGUUAUCUACAAUCAUGAAUCGGGCUUCUAUUACGGUGAAAGACACAUCUGGGAUGGUAUACAAUCCUUUAACAGAGAGGUGGUCCAUAUCUGCCAGCAACACUAGUGUCAAUUACAUUGCAUGUGGAGUGAGCCGAAACGUUUAGAACUGAGUUUCGUUCAAGAAUUGCGGAGACUGAAGGAAUUCUAGCAUUCUCCUCAACUUUGCUUUAUCAGUUGCUGCUGGUUUUAGUCAUGUGAGUACCGAUUUUUGCAGCACGAAUCUACAGUAUAUGAUUGUGGUACACAUAGAACAGUUUUGAUUAGAUUGCGUUUCUUGAAUUCAUUACAUGGAAAAGAAUUCUUGAUACAUCAAGGUUUAAAACAUAGUAUACCAGCUUUACACAGGAACACUUAAAAACACACACGUACGAACGCACUGACGCACGCACAUACAUGGUCUUGGGGUGGAGCCGAUGCAUUCUGCCGUAGCAAGACUAGGUACUUCGGCGUUGAAGGAACAAAUGAUGACCCGACAAUAUAGCCAUCGGCUAAACUUUCUGCAACAGCAAGUUUCUGGAGAUAAGGUUUGCAAAGACGAAUACAUCUCGCACAUGUGUCACACGAUCGACUUGGGCGAUGCAUGAUCAUGAGACCCAGAGUAAUUUUUGGACGGGAACACGCAGAGGGAAGCUAUCUCGUGCUCUUCGCUUCUACUGAGUGUCAAUCCAGGGGCUUCUGGAUUCCCAAGCAGAUGAGAGAUCGUACGAAGGAGCAGUGUUGCAGGAAAAAAUAAAAAAAAGAAAAAAAGAAAAAAAAACCCUUGGGCCUCAUAAACUUGGCAGAGCGUAGAGUCUUAAAGUUGAAUGCUUUUCUUAGGAACGGUAAGUGAGGGUAUUGUAUGUUUUGUUGAAGGAAUUGCUUUCUGUUAUGUUGCCCUCAGUUGCUGUGUCCAGUUGUAGUGACUUUCGCUUCGAUUUUGCAUAAUUUGUGACAGGUUUCUGUUGCAGACAUGCGAUCUGAUCGCGUCAGUAUUUGAAACUUGUUGAGGUGUUGAUUAGGCCAGACUUGAUCAUAUGCGCAAGGCCAGCUGUUGGGACUUAUAAAAAAGAAAGUGUGAGUAUCUAAUUUUUUUAAGAAAGGGUUUGUUUUUGUGACAA